AUAUUAGUUAGAUAUUCUUCUUUUCGUUUAAAAAAUCGUGGUUUUUAAUGAGAACCUUGAAAGAUUUAGAUUGUGUUUGCGUUUGUUUGACAGCGUUCCAACUGGGUCUGUAAAUAGUGCAGUCAAGGGCGCGAGCGUUUAUAAUCGACGAGAAAUGCACUUUCUAACUAGUCUAGGCUCAGAUUGCGAAACAGGAAGAUUUCAAAUGCCUCCCUCAAUUCGUUCACGGGUCUCAGCCCCUGGUUCUGCCAAUUUUGCCCCAGAUUAGCACCAAGGUCGGCUUGUUGCCGGGGCGGUGCAUUUUGACUUUAAAUUUAGACUUUGACAGCUUUAACCAAGGACAAGAGCCAGGCACAGACACUUUUGGCAGAACAAGCCUACUUCCGUGUUUCAUCUUCUAUUACAAAUUUUGCUUAUAUUUUUCCACCGAUAAAAGGAAAAUUAUUGUUUAAAGCGCGUUGUUCAAAAGUCACAAAAUGUCACACCAUACGCCGUGGUUGUUAAUCUUAAUCUUAACUUAAUCUUAAUCGUUCAGGUAUCAACUCGCCAGCAAGUUGUCGUUAAAAAUAUUUAAGAAUUUUAUAUUAUAAAUUGGAAUGUUUAAUUAAAUUAUUCCGUCCCCACCAUGUUUGCCAGGCGCCAUAUUGAGUCUGGCGCGCUAUUCCUAAUAUUCCUCAAAAGGUUAAUUUUGAAAUAUUCUGCGUCUUAUUCUGUACGGUGGUGCACGGUGACGUUUACACAUCGGAGAGGAAAAAGAUAUUGAAUUGGCCAAUAAAUCAAAACCGAGAUACACACAUUUCCAUAUAAUUUCAAAUUAAAAAGAUUUGGGAUUGGCGAUACGAUUGUAAUGGUCAGGGUGCACCUCCUGGCUAAAUUCAUUGGCACGCAACUUUAGAUUCUCUGCAAUGAAAUACCCAGACAAGAUAAGACAAGAACAGGUGGUGAUGGUGGAAGAAAGCAGCGGUGGCGUAGACGGGGGUGCUUGGGACCCGGCGACGACGAAAGAGGAAGAAUUCGAAAAGCAUGCCGUUUACAUCGUCCUUGAUCAGAGCCCACCUCCGAACGUUCCCAACAGGGCGGAGGCCUCACUUCCGAGGAACCUGGUUCUCAGGCCUUCUCAGGCGCUGAGCGAUGUGAUGGGCGUCUGGAGCACGAGCUAUAUCCCGAGGGGUACCCGAUUCGGUCCUCUCGUCGGUGAAGUUUACGCCAAGAACGACGUCCCGUCAACGGCCAACCGGAAAUACUUCUGGAGGGUGCAAAUCAAAGAAGAACGAGCUCAUUAUUACCCUUCUAAGGUUUAUAAGGAAAAUCAACUAUUUUACUACAUUGAUGGUUACGACGUUUCUAAAUCAAACUGGAUGAGAUAUGUCAAUCCCGCAUAUUCUUCGGAAUCGCAGAACCUGAUAGCUUGCCAGUAUAAGAUGAGUAUUUACUUUUAUACAAUUAGACCAAUUUUGCCAAACCAAGAGCUUUUGGUUUGGUACUGCAGAGAAUUUGCUGAGAGACUGAACUACCCACUGACGGGUGAACUUAUGCUCGAAAGAAUAAGACAGCAAGUUCAGCAGACAGUCCCGGCCAAUACGAAUAAUAAGAAGACGGAUACGAUCGAAGUUAGUUCUUCCACUGUAGUGAGCACAAGCGAAGUAGCCAGGGUUGAAAAGCAAGACCAUCACUUUGACAGGCUGAACAACAAUUUCACGCCCGAGUACGAUGUACCUCAUACAACGGACCACCCCCCGAAAAGAGAGGACUCUGCUAGUCCUCCGACGAGGCACGAGGACGAAGAAGAGGCUAAAGAAAAGGAAAUCGGUGACGGUUCCGUCAGAUCCGAUGAAGGAUACCAUUCCCAUGGAUAUCACGACGAAGUUCUAACACCUCCUGAACACUCUUCUGAUUCGGAUGACGGCGACAACAACUAUGUGUUGGAUUUCAGUAAAAAACAAGGCGUUCAACCAAUGGAAACGAUACCUGAAGAGGUAGCAACUUCAGAAGCUUUGCCAUUACAGCAAGCAGAGCCCGAAGGUAUGGACAGGAACGAAUAUAGGAAAGUUAAGAUUAAGAUGAGCAAAGCGUACAGCGGCAAAGAAUCAAAAGAAAACAGUCCUUCUCCACCACCCGUGGCUCAAGUUCCUGAAGAAUCUUUGGAUCAAAGGAGGUAUUACGAGAUGCCGCAAACAUCCAUCUUAGAGAACAUACUUCUCAGAUCUCGCGAAAGGCGAAAUUCCGCCACACCUCCGCCUACUUCCCCUACCGAGAUGGCUUAUUCAUACAAGAAAUCUCACAGAUAUGGGAAUCUUAGCCCUGAUUCCACGCUGAAUCCGGUAAGAAGGUAUUCGCCACCGCCUCCUGCGCCAGGCUACGAUUAUCAAUACUUCCAGUCACAUUACCCGACGCCUCCUCCUCAAUAUUCACCUCCAUCCAGUUCAACGGCCUAUUUGCAUCCUCCUCAGGGUGCACCGAUAGACGAAUACCGCGGUCCCCUAUCCCCUAACGGGACUUCAAGAGGCUACCGGUCACUUCCUUAUCCUCUGAAGAAGAAAGAUGGAAAAAUGCAUUACGAAUGUAACGUUUGUUAUAAGACUUUUGGCCAGCUGUCCAAUCUCAAAGUUCACCUUAGGACACAUUCUGGCGAGAGGCCGUUUAAAUGUAACGUCUGUACAAAGAGUUUCACGCAGUUGGCGCAUUUACAAAAACACCACCUUGUGCAUACUGGGGAGAAACCUCACCAGUGCGAGAUAUGCAAAAAAAGGUUCAGCUCAACGUCCAACCUGAAAACACAUCUCAGGCUACAUUCAGGGCAGAAACCUUACGCAUGUGACUUAUGCCCGGCCAAGUUCACACAAUUUGUUCACCUAAAACUGCACAAAAGACUACAUACUAAUGAAAGGCCAUACACUUGUCAAGGGUGUAACAAGAAAUACAUCAGUGCAUCAGGUUUAAGGACACACUGGAAAACUACAAGUUGUAGACCUAACAUCGAUGAAGAACUAGCUUUAGCUGCUGCAGCCGGCUCUCCACCAGGCUAUUACUACGAUUACCCAAAUUCCGACAUCAAUAUGGGCCCGGUGGAAAAAGAGAAACACGAGACUGACUCUCGGGAAUCUAUCGAGAUGGGACGUCCUAUCCCAAUGGAAACACAAAGGCCCACUGUUAUAGAAUCGUCCCAGCCUCAUAUUAUAGAGUGUACAUAGAUUUCAAUUUAAAUAGAAAAUUAAUGUUAAUUUAAAUACUCGAGUGCACUAGCUAGGUCGGGUAUUUGCGAUUGUUUAUUUUGCUUGUUAAAAUUCAAUGUUAAAAAAAUCCUGUUCGACAAUGGAUGCUAAUUUUAUCAAACUACUGCGUUAUAAAUAUGAACCUGUUGAUUGUUGUUAUUAUUUAAAAUAAUUAUUGGCCAAUGUGUCAAUAAGCCUUAUUAUUUAAAACUAUCGGAAAAACAAUUUUUGAUUUAAAUAUAACAAAAAACUUUAUAAACCACAAAUUUCGGAAUUUCGACAGUUUUAAAUAAAGUGCUGGUAAUGGAUGCCAAUUUCACCUGUAUUAUUGUUGUUAUUGUUAUUAAGUGACAAAUUAAUUGUUGUUUGUUGUUAAUUAACAAACAAUCGCAAAAACCCUUCCUUGUGAGAACAUGUGCUCAAUGCUCGCCGAGGCGGCACUAGUCCUUAACGCCUUCUCUCGUGCACAUGUCCGAUUUCUGUGAUAAGUUUUAAUAAGAUUUUAUAAUAUACAUAUAUAUAUUAUAUAUUUAUUGUCUCUAAUUUAUAUUUCAUUGUUGCAACUGAUGUCAUCCUUUUGGCCUCAAGUACCAAAACAGAUUAGAAUUUUUUAUAUUAUAUAUACUGAAUAAAUGUGUAAGCAAUAAAGAUCUCGAUGGAAACAUUUUUUAUAUUUGAUGUCAGGCAUUAAGAAUAAAGUAAAAUUAAAUUGAUGAUUUUUUCUCAAAAAUAUAUUCUGAUAUAACUAUGUAAUGAUAAUGUUAAUGUGUUCAAACACUUCGAUGUAUUUCACUGUUAGUAAAUUGUAAAUGUCUGAUGCUAAUUUUAUCAAAAAGUUCAAUUAUAAUUAUAAUUACUACUAUAAUCAAAUUGAUAUUUAUAUGUCGCUGAACUGUUCGUUUGUGUCUGUGCUCAUAUGUAAAAAUGAAAUCCCUAGUACAAAAUCCAUUUGGAAGGUUAAGCUUUAUCUGUCCGUAUGACUAACCUGUAAAAAGAAGAAAUUAGUUUUUGUUUGAUUUCAGUGUUAGCUUGCGAGGACUUACAUUUGAUCUCAACCGCCUUAAGUGUCUGCAUGAAUGUCUGUCUAUGAAAUUCCGUUGCUUCGUAAUAUUUAUUGUUGGACCGAUUUCUUCUUUUUAAAGCGCGACCAAGUCGCAGGAAACAUCAGUAUUAACGGGGUGUCUGUCAAUUUUUAACUAUCUUGGACGCUCAAAACCCAUGAAUUGUGUGAUGGAAAUGUCACAAAUACUUCCAUUUGGAGUAUGUAAAUAUAAACCAUAUUAUUUUUUUUUCUUAAUUUGUUUUAAAAGCACAAACUCUACCAGUGUCUAUUUUUAUUUCUUUUGUUUGAUGUUGCUGAGGUUUGCCAUGUGAUAAACGAAGAUCUGCAGCCUCAUCAUUGCAAUAUGUGUAGUUGUAAAUUAUUUGUUGUACAGUUGUUCUCUGUUUUUAAGUUUCAAAUGAUUACUGUAAAAUGGGAUUAGUUAUUUAUUGUAAAAGGUGUAUGAAAUCUUUAAAAAAGUAAAAAUGUUAAAGGUUUUAUAUAGCUUCUUAUUUUUACAUUACGAUUAUAUUUUUAAUCUGUUAAUGUAUUUCUUUUGUUUUGUAAAUCUGUUAAUAGGUGUUGACAUUUCCAACACAAUUGUGUAAUUAUUGUUUUUUUUCUGUAAAGUUUUAUUUAUUAAGGACUGUCUCUUUCUCUUUUGGUUGUAAGCAUAAUUUAAAGUUCAGUCCAGGGUGGUUAUUUUUAAAUAGAUUAUUUUAUCAGUGCUGUAAAGAAUAAUUUUAAAAGAAAAAACAAGAUUGUUGAGUAUGAUUUAUUUUAUCUCUUAUAUAAAAUAUUUUUCUGAACACGUUUCCACGACUGAGCCAAUCUGUAUAGUUAUGAAGAUAUAAUUAUAAAGUUUGGAAAAGGA